AGAGACAGAAAUAACCGCAGAGCCAUGUUUCUGUCAGAGCUAGGCAUGUUUCUGUUUCUGUCGGUGUUUCUGGUCCUCACUGUCGUCAUGUCUGGAAGCAAACUGGCUUCGGUGGAUUUUGAGGUUUUUGGGAACGUUCAGGGUGUUUGCUUCAGGAUGUACACCGAGGAUCAGGGUCGCAGUCUGGGCCUCAGCGGUUGGGUGAAGAACACCAGACAGGGGACUGUGAUUGGUCAGAUCCAGGGACAUCCGGACCGAGUCAAUGACAUGAAGCUGUGGCUGAAGAACGUCGGCAGUCCGAGUUCUCGAAUCGACCGGACCGUCUUCUCCAAUGAGAGAGACAUUUCCAAACUGGAGAUCCAUGGCUUCUCUACUCGCUACUGAGCAUGCUCAGACAGAAAUGUUGCUGAUGAUUGAUUAUUGAUUAUUCUUGUUCCUGAUCCAGUUCCAGUGAGUUCAGCUUUAGAUCUGAGCCGGUUUUUACAGCUAACUGACAUUUAGUUUCUGGUAGCUGUUAGCAUCUGAAGGUUCUUCUUCAUUUUCUGGGUUUCCAUGGUAACCAGGAGUCCUGAACAAUCUAACACGAUUGAUUGCCUGAACAGGAGCAACAGUAAACAGAAAAGAUAUGCUGAUAAUCAAUAAAGGUUUAAUCUAUUGAUCUCAUGAGAUGAAGUUUAGCUGCAAAGAAAGAAAACGUUGUGGAGAAAUGUUAGCAGCAACAUCAGCAGCAACAUUAGCAGCAGCAUGAGCAGCAACAUUAGCAACAACAUUAGAAGCAACAUUAGCAGCAACAUUAGAAGCAACAUGAGCAGCAACAAUAGCAGCAACAUUAGCAGCAACAUCAGCAGCAACAUUAGCAGCAACAUUAGAAGCAACAUUAGCAACAACAUUAGCAGCAACAUUAGAAGCAACAUUAGCAGCAACAAUAGAAGCAAUAUUAGCAGCAACAAUAGAAGCAACAUUAGCAACAACAUUAGAAGCAACAUUAGCAACAACAUUAGAAGCAACAUUAGCAACAACAUUAGCAGCAAUAUUAGAAGCAACAUUAGCAACAACAUUAGCAGCAACAUCAGCAGCAACAUCAGCAGCAACAUUAGCAACAACAAUAGCAGCAACAUUAGCAGCAACAUUAGAAGCAACAUCAGCAGCAACAUUAGCAACAACAUUAGAAGCAACAUUAGAAGCAACAUUAGCAGCAACAUCAGCAGCAACAUUAGAAGCAACAUUAGCAACAACAUUAGCAGCAAUAUUAGAAGCAACAUUAGCAACAACAUUAGCAGCAACAUCAGCAGCAACAUCAGCAGCAACAUUAGCAACAACAAUAGCAGCAACAUUAGCAGCAACAUUAGCAACAACAUUAGCAGCAAUAUUAGAAGCAACAUUAGCAACAACAUUAGCAGCAACAUUAGAAGCAACAUUAGCAACGUUAGGAACUUCAACUUUAGAAUGUUUCUGCUGCUCUCUCUCAGUCCAUUACCUGAUUGUUUGUUAAUUCACCUGCUUGUUUAUUCACCUGAUUGUUUAUUCACCUGUUUAUGUGUCUGAUUGUUUAUUCACCUAUUUGUUUAUUUACUUGUUUGUUUAUUCACCUGAUUGUUUAUUUACCUGUUUGUUGAUUUACUUGUUUGUUUAUUCACCUGCUUGUUCAUUUACCUGGUUGUUUGUUUAUUUACCGUUUUGUUUGUUUGUUUACCUGAUAGUGAUUAUCUGAGACAGAAUAAAGACAGUAGACAGUU